AUCCUAACUUGUCUGUCGAUUUUGCACAGCUGAUGAGUGUUAUGUAACCUAGAUCCAGGGGACCUCGGUGCAGCAAGAACUUUCGUACCAACUUGAAUCAGUAUAUUUCGGACGCGCUGGGCCCGACACUGGCAUUCAGACGAGGCCUGUCAGCCGACUAUUGCCCACAAAUUUCGAUCAUCAGACUUAGGACUGGCCAGCGUAGGCCGCAGCCACAUGUCUUUUUUCGAUGUUGACGGCGACCAAAGUUGAGUACACCCAUCCACCGCACUUUUACCCAGGCGACCCUGUACUCCCUCGGAGACAAGGAACAAUGUUGACGAAACCAGUUUUAUCAAGGUACCCGGGCCAACGCUCUUCCAAAUUCCUCUUCCUCGUCAACCGUGUCACACGUGUCCCUUGCACCUCGUCCAACACUCGCUCGAUGAAGAGAAUCAGUCUCGAACUCUCCACACUACCCCUUGACGGAAAGUACCACAAAUCAGUGAUAUUUAUCCUCUUUAUCGUUGUCGCCCUUUUUCACUUUCAUCAUAACGCGCCCUCCUGUAUGACCUUGGGUUUUGACUGCAUAGCAGAAAAUAACGUGUCUGUCACGAAUCACGAUCAGAAACGAAGUGACGUCCCGUUGGCUCCAUUACACACACCAAGAGAGAUCCAUGAACUGGCCUUCGAGGUCAACGUUAGACGAACAGAUUCAACCUGCGUGUUUGUACAGUUUUGGGUUUUCGUUGCCAACGUACAGGCAGGUCAAUCCUUUGGUGGCUCCCUGGCCAUACUAAGGCACAAACCAAGCCACUGCAGCAAUCUUGCUUUGUUUUGCAAGUAUGUGUCUCGGCCUGAUAUGCACUGACAGACAUAGAUGCUGCUAAAGCAACGACGACGGCGAGGAGGGAGAACGCAUUUUCUGUGCGAGGUGAUAUGAAAUCUUCUGAAGGGGAUCUCGAAUGAUAUCCCUGAGGAUGGG